AUGAAGAUUAUAUAUAUUAUUUUGGGCAUUUCUUUAAUUUUUACACUUAGUAAUGGUAAAGAAAUUGAAUGUAAAAGGUUUUGUAAAUACUUAGCAGGUGAUUUAGAAUUUGUUCAAAGUUACUGUUUAGGUGAAAAUUAUUCUGGUGAUGGUGUAUGCCAAUCAACAGAAGAAGUUGGUUGUUCAAUUGCCAAAAUGAAUUUUGAUGGUACUAUUCUUGUUGCUGGUGGUUGCCCUACACCUGAAUUUCUAUCUCAAACAGGAAUUAAAAAAAAUGAUUGUGGUUAUUUUGAAACUUAUUUGGAUGAAGAUAAGAUACAUUUAACAUCUAAAAUAUGUAGAUGUCAGGGAAUGUUAUGUAAUGAAAAAACAGUUUUUUAA